AUGGCCAACUCGCAGACACCCACCUACAACCUCCAAACUUUGGCCCUUCCUGUAGAGAUCAUUAUCGUCGUUCUGAAGUAUACUAUACGACAAUACCCUGAUACCAUUGUCUGCGUUCUUUCAACUUGCUCGUUGUUCUAUAACAUCAGUCAAAAUAUCUUACACCAAGAACUCGCCUUCACUUCGCUAUCCCAACUGCAUCGGUUCACACAGGCUCUAUCACGGCGUCAGGACAACUGUUAUGCGCCAGAAGUGAAGCCAUAUCUGGUCUGUUCUCCACGGAGUCUUAGUCUGGAUGUAGCUGGAGGAGCAUCAUGGAUACUCCAGUCUGAUUCGUUUGAUGGCUCUUAUCGAAGGGUCGGGACUUGGGACCUCCUCAGGGAAGCGGUCAAAGCUAUGAUUGCGGACCUGCUAAAGACUGCCAAUCUCUCGGUGACCAGACCGAAUCAACUUGUUCGAGAUGAACACACCACGCCAUGGGACCCGACACCGAAGGAAAAGCUGGCCAUAGAAUCUGUGCGUCUGAGAUUAAACUCGCAUGCACAAGACGCCAAGUAUGUGAUUUAUGAUGCUCUUCGCGAACUCGAUCCCAUAUCGUUUACAUGGACAGGACCUGAUCCACCUCACCACUUUUCCAUAGCAAUUGUUCGCGACGCAGUUCCCCCCCUCUUUCUCGCCCUAUCAACGUAUACACAAUUGACCCGUAUCAAAUUGACCAACAUAUCCUUUCCUGAAGACUCUGAAAGCUCUGAAACAUCCAUAGGCCGAUUUGAAUUACCCUUCAUCCCUACCCUUCAGUUUUUUCAUCUCGGACAGUCGACAUUCUUAGCUGCGCGGACUAUAGCGCGAUUCGUUUUGAAAUGUAUUGACCCGGAACGUAAUGUCGGAGGUGCAUCGACAUCGCCCGAUUCCGCGGUUGAUAGUCCUCAUGUACAAGGUGUCUCCUUUCGACCCGCGAAACAACCGUCAAUCGAGGAGAUUCGCCUUGUAGAUGUUUAUGAAGGAAGUAUAUGGGGAAUUCGACUCCGGAUGCCCCAGAUCAUUAAUGCCGCCUUGGCCCUUCUGGAAAUGGAUCAACAGUUCGAAAGUGGUAACAGCACGAAAGAAGACGAGGUUCGGGAAGCGAUAAUGAAAAUCGUUAAAGUCGAAGUAGAAACUGAAAGAAUUGAGGGUGGGGAUAGAGGAAUUUGA